ACUUUGCUGCCCACCAGGUGUGUUUUGUUUUGUUUUAGUAGCAUGUCGCACGCCUGAGCACCUGGACGACUGACAGGUGAAUAGACGGUCGUGCGAAAUCUGAUCUGAGAUCUGCAAAAAACAAGUUUCCCCAGUUUGCUGGCUCCCUUCUAGCGACUACCUGAAUGACCUGUGACCACGUGGCUACCCUUCCACAAUGGCAGCUUCACCCCAGAGUGCCCAUGGAUGUAGUCCUGUCUGUCAAAAAUAUGCUUUUGUUAUUAAGGUGAAGCUAAUAUGAGACAGAGUUAGAUAAACACCUUCUCUGUUUCCAGUGUUUCCUUGAGGAGCUGCAGUGGAGGGAGAGUAACAAGUAACAAGUCUACAGACAUGCAGGCAGGUCCAUGAGGCUGUUGAGCUACAAGGUAACAACAUGCUCACAGUGAUUAAUGCUAACACACUCAUGUUUUGGUAUUUACCAGCAUCAGUGGGCGCUGCUGCAGUGUGCAUCUCUCUGUCCUCCUUUCCUCUACACUGUGUAUUCACAUCUCUCUCUCACACACAUACACACACACACACACACACACACAUCCUCGCUCUCGCUGUCUUUCUCCUCCCUCUAUUUUCCUCUUUAUAUUCUCUCUAAUUCCUUCAUCCCUCCCCCUUUUCCAACUUGAUCUGCCUCUCUAUUGCACAGCAUCUCCCUGCCUCUCUCUCUCUCUCUCUCUCUCUCUCUCUCACUCUCUCUCUUUCUCUCUCUCUCACACACACUCACUCUUUCGCUCUCGCUCAGACUCCGAGCACAUGCGGACAGAGAGAGAGGGGGGAUGAACGAGGUGCACACAUGUGAGGAUCUCCUGAACUGCCGGGGCAAGGCAGGACUUGUGAAGAGAGAAGAAGAAGAAGAAGAGGAUGAGGAGGAAUAGAGGAAUACUGCAGUGACCAGCCAGCGUCUCUCUCUCUCUCGCUCUCUCUCUCUCUCUCUCUCACUCUCUGUCUCGCUGCUUCACUGCUUUCAUCACCCUGUCUUCUUCAUCCCCUUCUCCCCCCACCCCCCCUCUGCCAAUUACACCAUGAACCUGCCUGCUGCUUGUUGCUAAGGGGGAGCCAACCGGGGGAGCAGAGUGGACCAGGCAUUAUUUUGUUUCUAAGGACUGAGUUAAAAUGGCGGAGGGGUCCAGAGACCAGGGAGGCGUGGGCAUUACUGAUCCAGAGGAGGACUCCCCCAAUAUGAUCGUCUACAGAAAGAUUGAAGACAUUGUUACCCGAAUACAAGAUGAGAAAGCCGGAGGUGUAGCCAUCCGGACCGUCAAAAGCUUCCUCUCCAAGAUCCCCAGUGUGGUGUCAGGGGCGGACAUUGUUCAGUGGCUGAUGAAAAACCUCUCCAUUGAGGAUCCAGCUGAAGCCAUCCACCUUGGGAGUCUGGUCGCUGCCCAUGGCUACAUCUUCCCCAUCUCUGACCAUGUCCUGACACUUAAAGAUGAUGGAACCCUUUAUCGCUUCCAGUCUCCAUACUUCUGGCCUUCAAACUGUUGGGAGCCUGAGAACACAGACUAUGCCAUUUACCUGUGCAAGCGCACCAUGCAGAAUAAGGCCAGGCUUGAGCUAGCUGACUAUGAGGCUGAAAACCUCGCCCGGCUGCAGAGGGCCUUCGCCAGGAAGUGGGAAUUUAUCUUCAUGCAAGCUGAGGCUCAAGUCAAGAUCGACAGGAAGAAGGACAAGGCAGAGAGGAAGAUCCUGGAUAGCCAGGAGAGGGCAUUCUGGGACGUCCAUCGGCCAGUGCCAGGCUGUGUCAACACUACAGAGAUGGACAUCCGCAAGUGCCGAAGAGAGAGGAACCCACACAGAGUAAAAAAGUCGGUCUAUGGGGUUCCAGAUGACAGCCAGAGCCAGCCGAGUCCCGUCCACAUUAGCUCCCAGCCGACCAGGAAGCCCACCAAAGAGGACGUUCAGAAGGAGAUUUCCUUCUUGAACAUCCAACUGGACAGACACUGUAUGAAGGUUUCCAAAGUGGCCGACAGUCUGAUGACCUACACGGAGCAGUUCAUCGAAUAUGACCCCUUUGUGUCGGCCACAGAGCCUUCCAACCCCUGGAUCGGUGAUGACACUUCCUUCUGGGACUUGGAGGCAAGUCGUGACCCCAGCCAGCAGCGUGUGAAGAAAUGGGGCUUCUCUCUGGAGGAGGCUCUGAAAGAUCCGGCAGGACGAGACCAGUUCCUGAAGUUCCUCGAGUCAGAGUUCAGCUCGGAGAACCUGCGGUUCUGGUUAGCAGUGCAGGAUCUGAAGCGGCGGCCGCUCCAGGAAGUGUCCUCCAGGGCGCAGGAGAUCUGGCAGGAGUUUCUGGCCGAGGGCGCGCCGAGCUCCAUCAACCUGGACUCUCACAGCUACGAGCGCACCAGCCAGAACCUCAAAGACCCCGGACGAUACAGCUACGAGGAUGCUCAGGAGCACAUAUUCAAGCUAAUGAAAAGUGACAGCUAUGCACGCUUUUUGCGAUCCAACAUCUACCAAGACCUCCUGUUAGCCAGAAAGAAGCAGCCAGCAGACACUGAACAGGGCCGCCGCACCUCCUUGGAGAAGUUCACCCGCAGUGUGGGCAAGUCGUUGACGGGAAAGCGCCUGACAGGCCUGAUGCAGUCAUCCUGACACAGCCUGUGCUGGAGGGGCACAGCCAGACCCUGUUGGAGGGGUGACCGCCACACAGGGGCCGGAGUGGGGGCAUGGACAGUGGAGCCGGGCUGGACAGGGCUGCUGUGGAGGCUCUCACACACUGCUCCGAGGACUGCUGCCAUACUGGUAGUGCAGCACUGGGCCCGCCAGGGUGAACGCCCCACACGGAACCACUGAGGGAAAAGACAGACAAUGCUGACAAGGGAAACCUCAGCCAACGCACCACAUGGCAUGCAGCAUACGGUAUAAGCACAUUCAGACUAGGGCUGCCCUCUUUUGAUCACUCAGUCGGCAAACUAGUCGUUGGGCUCUUUGUCGACUGAGCUGAUCAGUUAAUAUUGUUUAAUUUGUUUCAUAUAUGUGUUUAUUGGAUAUUAAAAGCACAUCUGUGGUUUCGCAACAAUAUUCUUUGAUCGAAAACUACAUUUAAAAGCUAUUUGCCACAGCAUUUGCAAUGAAUUGACUAGUUGUCCUAAAACAGCUGGGGCCAAAGAGGUCAAAGAGGCACAUCAACACAAACCUACAGUAUUUUUGCAUAUGUCUCACAAGGCAGCCAGCAAUAACUAAAGUGUGUGACCACUUCUUUCUUUUUCUUUUUUUUAAAAAUAUAUCCUUUUUAUAUCCUUAAAAUUUCUAUUAUAUCUGUUCCUUAUAAAGCACAUAUGUCAGUUAAAUAGUGAACAUAGUUUUGGCCGUAUUCAAGAAUACAAAGUUGUUUUAUUGUUCUAUUGUUUUAAGUUAUAUUUACAACAACAUCUACAAAAUAGACUUUUGAAGGUUAACUUUUCAUGCUUCAUUACAUUCCAAAAUCUGGCAUAAGGGCUUAAUGUAGCAUUCACACUGCACCGUUGCAUGUUUCAUCCAAAUGUCUUUGUUGAAGAUUUAUUGUUUCUACAACAGUGCUUUGUAAUGAGACUUAUGACAAAGAUUAAUUUAAUCCAGUUGGCAAAUUGGUUCACUGAACUUCCAGCCUUCAAGUUCCAAACAGUUCAGGCUACAGUCAAAUUAGUCAAUUCCAAAAGUCUGUGUGAAUAACUGCGAAGCGUAAAACACAGUGUCACAGUGAUUUGAGCUUUUAUCUAGUCACAGUUCUAGUGUGCACAGUCACUGCUUUUUUGGGCUCCUACUAUAAUGUAGUUUUUAAACGUUUCCAGUGCCAUGGGUCCAUCUAGUGGUGGUUAAAUCACAGGACCAGCAACAGAGUGUUACAAGACUGUAUUAAACUGCGUUCAUAUCGAAGGACAUCAUGAUGUCAAACCUAGCUGUUCUCCGUUCAUGGAGGUAUUACAAGGCCUGCAGCCCAACAUGGGAUCAUUUAUGUGUUGUCGCUUUUUUUACUGCAUGAAUUUCAUCUUUUGUUUUGUCAAAAGAAUGAAACCUGCCCACUUUUGUUUGGCAAAAUGUAUGCCAUUACUCUCCAUCUAAUAAUCGUCAUGUGCUUUAAUGACUUUGGGGGCAAUGGUGCAUGUUAGUGGACCAUAAUGGAGUUUAGGGGAAGAUGGUUUGGCUUUCCAAAGACGGCACACAGACGUGGAGCAACACUCCUCGGUGAACGGACAUUAAAGCCCCGAAAUGCAACUGGGAACAAUAAUUGACCCAUCAUGGGCGCCGCACACUGAACGUUAAGGCCUCUGUGCUCCACUGUGGCUACAAACUUCUUUUACAGACAGAAAGCACUUGGAAUACGGAGAUUUGAAGUCUCACAGCUCCCCCAUGAGGCCAGUGACUGCUACAGUGACGGACUACACUGCUGAAUGAGUGUAUCUCUCCUAUUCUUUUCUAUUAGAGUUGUUGCAAUGCACUGUACAGGUCAUAUUAAUAAUCAUCAUAAACCAAUAACCUCUUGAUUAUAAGGUAGAGAGAGAGAGAUGCUUAACUUGAGUCGAUGUACCAAAUGUUAUUCUCAGCACAAACACAAUGACACUAUGUACAGGGUGCAUUGUAGAUGUAAAUUGGCUAAAUUUCAUUAUCCAAAAGCACACUUUAUUAUAAUAUGGGCACAUUACUAUGCAUGUAACAUAUUCAGGGCAUUUUGUGCUUUUAGUUUCUCAAUCAGCAAGAAGACUAAGGGUGCUGUAAAAUACUCAAGCACCUGCUAUCUAUUCAUGGGUACCAAAUAAUAAAAAGAAUCUGGACCUGUC